AUGUUAGAUGAAAUUCUAAAAGAUAAAUUCGUUUCGGGAUUCCUGCAUGGUACAAUUCUGGAUCGAGUCUGUGAGGAAGAUUAUUCAAAGUCGUUAAAUGACACAUUAAACGUGGCGUUGAUGAAAGAAACGUGUGUCGAACUAGAGUCUGAUAUUGUGGCAGUUAACAAGCUCAAGGCGAACUCAAGAAAUUACAGAUUGGAUAAGCCAAGGUGGUCAAACCACUUAAAUAAAAAGGAAGCAGCAGUUGGCGUUUCAAUUACAGGAGCGGUUUUCAAUAACGGACAGUCAAAAGGAUGUUUUGCUUGUGGUAAACUCAAUCAUGAUUUUAAUAAAUGUAAGUAUAGAUCUUAUAAGUGUAAAAUAUGCCAAACAUUUGGUCAUUUAGCAAUGUGUAUCCAACAAAAUAACAUAAUAGCGAUAGUGAUGGUAAAAGAAAUAACAAAAGUGUUAAGACAAAUGCAUAUGUUGAGACUGAGAGUAAAGAUAAUGAUGUAG